GCUGCGCGGAUGUGGGUGUGGGGUGAGGAGGCGUCGCUGGUCCCUUCCCCCGACCCCGUGGGGGGUAGGGGUGAAGCCUGCACUGCCCCGCCCCUGUGUCGCUCCCCCGUUCUGGUUGUCAGGGGAGAAGAAGCUCCCUGGGCGCCUCCGGGGUCUGCUCGGGUUUCUUACGUCCCUCCACUGGUCCAUUCUUGAGCUGCUCUCCCUGGCGUGCUUAGUCGCCCGGGGGAGGAUGAGGUAUGGGCUGGACUCGGACCCCUCUGGUCAACCAGGAGUCGACGAGCCCCCCUGGAUAUGAAUUUGAUUGACAUCCUCUGGAGACAAGAUAUAGAUCUUGGGGCAAGGCGUGAAGUGUUUGACUUCAGUCAAAGGCGGAAAGAGCAUGAGCUGGAAAAACAAAAGAAACUUGAAAAGGAAAGACAAGAACAACUCCAGAAGGAACAAGAGAAGGCCUUUCUGGCCCAACUGCAGCUAGACGAAGAAACGGGUGAAUUUCUCCCAAUUCAGCCGGCCCAGCACAUUGAGCCUAGCACAUCUGCCAACUACUCCCAGGCUGCUGACAUCCCCAAAGCAGAUUCUCUGUUUUUUGAUGACUGCAUGCAGCUUUUGGCAGAGACAUUCCCAUUUGUAGAAGAAGAUGAGGUUUCUUCAGCCACAUUUCAGUCACUUGUUCCAGAUACCAUUGACAGCAACCCAAUCUUCAUUACUUCCAAUCCAGCUCAGCUCCCUGGAUCAACUGUCCUUCAGUCAGUAGCGGACAGCAGUAUGCAGGAUAUAGAGCAAGUGUGGGAGGAGCUCUUGUCCAUUCCAGAGUUACAGUGUCUUAACAUUCAGAAUGACAAGCUGGCUGAGGCUACCAUAGUUCCAAGUCCUGAAGCUAAACCAACAGAAAUUGACAACAGUUACAACUUCUACACCUCACUCUCAACAAUGGAAAAAGAGGUCACUUCCUGCGGUCCAGAUUUCCUCAAUGCUUUUGAGGACUCCUUUGGCAACAUGCUCCCUGCAGAAGACCCUAACCAAUUAAGAAUGAACUCUUUAAAUUCAAAUGCCACAAUAAACACUGAUUUUUGUGAGGAAUUUUACUCAACUUUCAUAGCAGAAACAAACAUAAACAGCAGUAUGCCUUCCCCCACCCACAUCAGCCAGUCACUCUCAGAACUUUUAAAUGAGCCCAUUGAUAUUUCUGACCUUUCACUUUGUAAGGCUUUUAACAGCAACCAUCCUGAAAACACACCAGAAUGUAAUGAUUCUGACUCAGGCAUUUCUUUGAACACAAACUCCUCCGUGGCCUCACCGGAACACUCGGUAGAGUCUUCUGUGUACGGAGACACGCCGCUCAGCUUGAGUGAUUCUGAAAUGGAAGAUGUCGACAGCGCUCCUGGAAGCAUUCUUCAGAGCAGCCCCAGUACACGGCCUGCGCCAUUUCAAGAGGACGUGGCCUCUCCAGUGUCUCCCACUCAGGGGCCAACCAUUCCAGCACCUGACGUGCUGCAGCAUGGAAGCACACCGAAGAGAGAAUUGCCUACCAGUCCUGGCCACCAGAAAACCCCAUUCACGAAAGACAAGCAUUCAAGCCGCCUAGAAUCCCAUUUCACAAGAGAUGAGAUGAGAGCAAAAGCUCUUCAUAUCCCUUUCCCCGUAGAAAAAAUUAUUAACCUUCCUGUGGAUGACUUCAAUGAAAUGAUGUCGAAAGAGCAGUUUAACGAGGCUCAGCUCGCACUUAUUCGAGAUAUUCGGAGGAGGGGCAAAAACAAGGUGGCUGCUCAGAACUGCCGGAAAAGAAAACUGGAAAAUAUAGUGGAACUGGAGCAAGAUUUGGAUCACUUAAAAGAUGAAAAGGAAAAGCUGCUCAGAGAAAAAGGAGAAAAUGAUAAAAGCCUCCAUCUACUGAAAAAGCAGCUCAGUACCUUAUAUCUCGAAGUCUUUAGCAUGCUACGAGAUGAAAAUGGAGAGCCCUAUUCCCCUAGUGAGUAUUCCCUGCAGCAAACAAGGGAUGGAAAUGUAUUCCUUGUUCCCAAAAGCAAGAAACCUGACAUUAAGAGAAAUUAGAUUUGGCAGGAUUUGCCCUUUCCUGAAGUAGUGUUUUUGUACUGUUUUACUAAAAGCUCCUACUGUGAUGUGAAAUGCAUAAUUAAGUGAUAUUUUAUAUUUUAAAAAAUCCUAUGCAAAUAUAUAUCCAAAAUAGUAUAGAAAUUGCACAUGAUAUAAAAGCAUUAAAAUAAUAAGAUGCAUAUAUAUGCAGAAUCUGUAAUCUCACUUUUAACAGCAAAUAUUCCCUUGUUGCACCAACUAGUUUCUGUAUAAGUGUAAAUAGUGCAAACUUCUUAUUUAUACUGUUCCUAUCUCAUUUGUUAUAUUCAUAGAUUUAUAUGAAAAUAUGAUUUAGCUUACCCUAAAUACAGUUUGUUGCAAGACUAACCACAAGUGCCUUUUUAUAAAUACUGUAUGAUCUUAAAAGUGUCAUUUUCUUAUGUAGUUAUUUUGCUUUACAUAAAAAUUUAAUUUAGCAAAAAAGCUAAUACUAAUAAAGAUAUGUAACUUAAUUUUGAGUAUUCAUUAAGUGAUUACUUUGUGAUUCAUUUAUUUGAAUUUGCAUUGUGCUAUUUUCUAUGUAACACAAAUGAUUAAGAAUGUUAUCUCAUUUUGAUGCUUUAUAUUUAUAGAAUAUACUUUUUUUAACAAGCAUAAAAAUUCUUUGUCAGGUAAAGUUUUAGGCGUAGUUAUCUCAACAGGCCAUUGAUGCACAUCAGGGAUGCAUGUUUUUUUUUAUUUCAAUGCAACUUCAUUUUCAUAAUCCAAAAAGUAUACAGAGUAUAGUUACUAACUAUAAACUAGCACAAAACUGCUUGCCAAGAAUCUAGAAAUAUCAAUCUGAUUUGAUAUUGCAAUUCAAGAUUUUUUUUUUUAGAGAAUGUUACCACCUCUGGGAAGGGAUAUUCAGAGGGGAAAGUGGUCUUACAAUCCACUCAGAAGGAACUACCAUCUUCUAAAAGAAAAAACAAUUCUGUACAUUCCUGGGCUUGGAUCAGCUUAAACUGGUUCUAGGUCAGAUGAUGCUUGUCUAGAUCUUUAAACCCAUUACUUAGGGAGAAGGGAACUUGUCUUGUAGGCUUCUUGGCAGAUCUUGGACUUUAGGCAUGAGGUCCAUGAAGGCUGACUGUAAUUUCAAGGCCAUGCUCUGGGACAUUCCCAGAGCCUAGGUUUCCAGGAGCUGUGUUUCACCAUUGACAUUUUCAGACUGACUCCUACUUCACUUGAUCCACAGCUCAAAUAGUGCCUUAUGAUAAUUCUGCUGAUCCUCAGAACCUUACUUGCUUUGAUAAGUCAAUUCAGUUGCUUCAUAGGGAAGCAUAUAUCUCUUCAUUUUAGUAAGUUCAUUUUAACUAAGGAAAACAUUUACUUCCUGUCUAUUAAUAGGUAUAAAAAGUUGUGGACCUUUUUCUCCUGGAGAGCUUUCUACUUAUUUGAAAAAAAUUUUAUCAGGCAAAUUAAUAUUGCAUUUUGUGCAUUCCAUUUGCAAAAUGCAGUUGGUUCAGUUAGAAACUUUUCUAACAUACUGCCCUUAAUCUAUUAGGUUUCUUUCCCUCUUCUCCCCAGUUAAGUGAUUUUUAAUGAACCAAUGUGUGUACAUAUACAUAUACACACAUACACACAUACGUAUCUAUAUGUAUUAUAUAUGCAUGUGUGUAGAUAAACAUAUAUAUAUAUAUUUGCAUUCAGUAUAUCUAUAGCUAAUUUUGGCAUUAUUACAACUUUUCCCAUUUAUAUUCAGUGACUUCUAAAGCAGUGUGUAGCAAACAUUCUGCAAUGUUUUCAUGUCUUUUAACCAUUUCUUUUCUUUCCAUACUCAGAAUUCCUUUUUUAAAAACAUGGGACCUACUAGUAGAGGAAAGAUGCAGGAAGUUAUUAACAAGGAUGAGAAUCUAAUCCCUAAAAGUAUCUUGACACUUAAAUACUCAAGGUCAUUUUCCUUGCAUAUUCAAUUCCACAAGCAUUUAUUAAGCACCUCCUGCAUGACUGGCUUUCUGCUGGAUGCUAGAACAACAAAGACGAAAAUCAAAAUUAUCCCUUCUCCCAAGGAACUUUCUUUUGAGGGAUAGGGGAGUAGGAUAUACACAUCAUGGUAGCCUUUUUAAUAUUUUUGAUAAGUAAAACUGGAAAUUUUGCCAGUGUACCUUAUCUUAGCUUUUAAUACCUUUGUUAAGGACAGACAUACAGUACACUAUCCUCCCUUCCUCCUGCUUCCUGCUUUGUAAGGAAAUACUACUCCUAAGCAACUAUCCUUCUCCCCCUUAAAGUACAAGCUCUAAACUUAACAUUGCCCUUGGCUGCCAUGUCUUUCCAACUGGUAAGGAGAUCCAGUAAGUGUUUGUUAGUUGAGGUGGUUUGGGGACCCUCAUGGCCAAGUUGUGCUUGUUAAAGAAGUUAAUUGAAACUUCUUUAAGAAACAGUGAUAAUCUGAUUUGGUGUCUUAUCCAUUUUUCAAAGUCAGCAUUUUGCUUAAAUAAGUUGGUUUAGAGCUAUAGCCUUUGCAUGCAGUGUCUUUGCAACUUUAUCCUAAUUUGGCAUUUUUGACAAAAGAACUGAAUAUAUGAAAAGAAAAGAUUCUGAAAUAACUUCCAUGUUUGUUAUUAGUUAUUUCUUGUCUGCUAAGAUACAAUUUCAUUUUUUUAUCAUUCCCAGUGCUUGCCAUAUCUAGUACCUUCUGACUUGAAAAAAAUGAAGUAUGGGUGUUAAGCUUCUACCACAGCCCACAAUAAUAGCUGCCAUUUAAUUAUAUAGCACUUUAAGGUGUGCAGAGUGCUUUAUGUAGAUACCACAGGUAUUUAUAGAUGAAUAAACAGAGACUCAAAGAAGUGACUAAUCUCUGGCCUUAGUGCUUGUGUCAGAGCUGCAAGUUGAACCCAGGUCUCUCCUGACUGUCCUGUAGUCCAAAACACAACAUCACGGUGCUGCUUUUUGUUGUUGUUGUUGGGGGGGAGGGGGGCGUAGCACUUCAAUUCCUUCAUUCCAAACCAUGUUUUCCAACAUAUUCUUUACCAUCCUGUAUGUUCUCUUUCCCAUUGCAGUAAUUAAGUAUUAAAACAUACACAUGUACUUGGUUUUUAAGUUGUUACUGAAGUUCUUUAUAGAGUAUCUCUCCUUUAUCUUCUCCAACAAAUAAAUUCAACUUAUGCAUCAGUAUCUUAGUGAUCAUCAUUUUGCUUAUGCAUAUUAUAAGCACAACAAAGUGAAGAUGACAGUGAAAUCUUUGUUACAUUUGGGCAAAACAUGAAACCAAGUCCUUUUGCCUCUCUGAAGAGAACCUGUGAGCCAUCCUUACAUUUAGUGGCAACAUUAUUGUGUCUCCUGGUUUCAUUUAUGGCAAGAAUGGCAACAUGGAUAUAAUGGAUAACUUCCAUUAGGGUCACUGGGCAGAUUUCACAUUGAGUAUUAAUAGUUAAUAUGUGGUCUAAAAUAAUGUUGAUUCUUAAUACCGUCUUUGCCUUUCUGCUGUGAUCUCUUCAGAAGUAGAAGGGGGGUUCACGCAGGACCGAAGGCCAUCUUGUAUUUUUAAAUCCGUUUUAUGGCUCACUGUAGCCAAAGAAUUUAUCCCUCAGUAGGCCACCUUCCAAUGAGAAUUCUUUGCAUAUUACUCAAUGGAAAGCUAGCGUGAUGGCAGAGCUUGAACUUUAAUGGCAUAGCUUUUGAGAAACCAAGUGUAGUUGGUUCUGCACCACAGUAAGACUUUGGAAAAGGACUGUUAAUGAUUUCACCACAGAGGCCUGAGCCCAUGACUUACACCUAGAAGGGCCAGCAUGUGCUCUAAGUGACAUGGGUAAGGGAGGCCAGUGAAUCUCUCCACGAAGAGGUCAAAUGAACUCUUCUUCCCCAGGAUAGUGGGGUGUACUCUUUCUAGAAAAGAGUUGUCAUUAGCAGAGCAUGAUUUUUUUUUUUGUAUGGGUGAAUAUAACAGGACACCACUAGACACUAAAGAGAACAGUGCUGGAAAGUUGGGAAAAUUUCCUCACAGCUAUAUAUAUCCGCUAAAAAGCUGAAGCAAUACUAACUAGACUUUCAAGAGAAGAUACGUAGAUCUUAGCUUAGUCUUGGCAUUGGGAAUAAACGAUGGCCCACUAAUGAUCUUGGCUCAUAAAGCAUUUUAAAACAGUAUCUACAAGUGGGGUUUGUUUAUUCUGCUGAGAGUAUAAAAUUAGCUACUGAUGCCCUUGGACAAAAUCUCAAUCUCUGACCAAACUUCCUGUGAGUAACAGUGGGCUUUAUUCUAGUUUUGCUAAGUCCACAAGCAAUGGCAGAUUAAAUUUCUAUUCAGACUCAGAUUGUAGCUGACAUUUUUCCAUAGCAUAUUGGCUCACUGUUAUCGCUAUUUCAUAUCAUUUCUGAAUGGUCAACAGCAGGAGCUUCCUGCUAUUCCACACUACUCUGUGGCUGAGUUGAGGGUUGGGUCUGGAGGGAACGAAAGGUUAGGACAAGUAGGGAGGGAGACGAUUGUUGACUUAGAGAAUAUGUAUAGUUUAAAACCUCAGUUAUUUUAUAUCAGCUCUAGAAAAGUGUUGGGAAAGGAGACAUUUCCCUGAACUCAGGUUGUGUAGUUUCUGCUCAGGGAUUCAAGUUAGAAUUUGGCAUUAGGGGUCAUAAAGAUGCUUCUUAAGGCUGCCUUAGAUUCAGGUAGCCCAGCUAACCGUACUUGGGAAGCUUUCUCUCAUUUGGUGGAAAUAUGACUUCUUUGUUAGAAUUCCGGCUCUGCUGUUCACAAACUGUCACUGUGGGCAUGUCACUUUGAUUCACAAAUUCCUUAAUUAUAAAACGUUAAUACCUGCGCUGCCUACCUGACAGGAUUACUGUGAGGAAAGUGCUUUGUACCCUUAUGUUACUGUGAGCACUGUGCAAAUUGUUCUGGUUCUGCCCACUUUGCAUCAACUUAUACAAAUCCCUAUUUCCCUGAAUAUGCAUCUUUGUUGUUUCUUACAGCAUAAUAUUCUUUCAUAUCCAUAUACCACAAUUUGCUCAGCCACUCCCUAGUUGGUGGGUACCCCCAAAAGUGUUACAAUAAAUAUUUGGGUAUAUAUAGGACCUUUACCAUUGCAGUCUUCAUUAGUCUUGGCACCACUGGCCCAAAGAGUAUGUAUAGCUUAAUGACUUUUCUAGUAAGAUUCUGAAUUAUUUUUUAUUUUAUUUUAUUUUUUUGCAGGGCAGUGAUGGUUAAGUGACUUGCCCAGUGUCAAGUGUCUGAUUCCGGAUUUGAACUCAGGUUCUCCUGAAUCCAGGGCUGGUGCUUUAUCCACUGAGCCACCUAGCUACCCCUGAAUUAUUUUCCAGAAUGGUUGGACCACUUCACAACUUCACCAACAGUGAAUCAUUAAUGUGCCUGCCACCAUAUUUGAUUUGAUUUGAUGCUUUCAUCCUUUGAAAUAACUUAGAAAUACUUCAGGAUAUCUAUAGCAUGAUGCAAUGGAAAGAGGUAAAUGCUUCCAUUGUCCUUGGGCCAAGUCCCUUAACUUUUCUGGGCCUCAGGUUCAUCCUUUGUAAAGUGACAGGGUUGGACUAGGUGAUAUCAGAGGUCCCUUCCAACCUAGUGUAUAAGAUGCUGUAUUUCUAAUAACUGUAAGACUUGUUGCAUUGUUGUAGGCCUGGAGGGGGUGGAAAUCAAAGCUUUAGUUAGGCAUACUGAAUACCACUAGCAAGAAAUUUUUUUGCAUUUGUUAUAACUUUAUUUAUUGAUGGGUCAACAAUCAAUGUAGGGUGUCCUAAAAGUCUUAGUGUAGCUUUAAGUUUUAAUAGCAUAAAACUGGACUAAGACUUUUGGGAUCCUAUGAUUCUUACUCAGUAUGACCUUCUUAUGUAGAAACUGAUAUUUUAUAUUAACAGAAUGACAUUCUGUAUUAGUGUCAACUACACCAACAGGUGGCAUAGAUAGAGCGCAAGACCUGGAGUCAGGAAGAUCUGAGUUCAAAUCCAGCCUCAGAUAUUUAGUAGCUGUGUGACCUGGGAAAAUCACUUAACCCAGUUUGCCUCAGUUUUCUUAAGAUAUAAAAUGAAAACAUUUAAAAGCAUAAAAUGACAUUUGUAGGAUUAGGAAUAGAUUGAAAUAGCUAUUUAAAAUAUUUUUAAAACAAGGUCAGGGAAGCCAGGUUAAGAUUCUUGUAGCUAAUAAGUGCCAUCCUUUGUGAAAAUAAAUGAGGAGCUUUUACUCAUUAGAGAAUGUGUACGUACCUACACAUUUACACUCAGCUAUUUUGAGUUCCUUUUCUCUUGUUUGACCUUUGUUCUCAAAGAGGACCAUGACAUUGGAAGGUGAUGUCAUGACUUGCACUAAAUUGGAUUUAAGUGAGGGAGGGCUGUGCAAAGUCACCAACCUUACUCUCUCCUCCAGAGCC